GAACGCAGCGAUGGUCUAUAUACUUCCAUCUACCGACCACUCGGUAUCCGUCCUGCUGUGAGCACAUUUCUAUCCUUAACUGACUACGGCGAAGGCAAUUUAUUGAGUCUGCUUCUUUUGACUCACCUAUCCAACCGUGGCGCCUGGAGCUUCCAGUUCAUUCCCUGUGGAUUUUAUCCCAACUACACCUCAAAUUCGGAUCCCCCCUAUUCGGUGUAUCUGGCCUCUUUCAUCUCACUCUGCGCCUUAUCUGUGCCGCAUUUAUUCGGCCUCACAUUUCCCCUUCCUCCUUAUGUAUUCAACCCACUUUCUCCACCCACCUUCUUUUCCCACUCCGUUUUCACUCUAUUCUGUUUGUGCACCCGGCUGACUGAUGAAUCCCUAUUCCUUUUGUUCCUCUUUACAUAUGAGCUGAUUUUUUGUGGCCGGUUGUCCUGUAGCACCAGUUUUAUUCCCCACUCGCCAUGUGCUCUUCUGCCUCCAUGCUCAGUUUGCCUCUAUUGUCCUACAUCUCGGCCUGUCGAACUCCCAGUUAAGCCAGCCAGACAACCUCUUCAUUCUUCUACCUUCUCCAUUGCUUCUUCCUGUCGCUUUCUUACUCCUUUCCCCCCUUUCACCCUCGUCAUCCAACCUUGA